AUGGACGACAAUAUCCAAACUGAUGGAACUGAUUUCCAGGACGUAAAUAACAUGAGAAUAAACUUUAAUGCGCAAAUGAAAGAAUACUGCAAUAAGAGUGAAAAUGUCGUAAAGAAGCCUUGGACAAAAGCAACUGUGGAAGAAGUAAUUCGAGAAAUUUUGGAUGCAAAUAACCCUGAAAAAAAGAAGACUAGUAGACAAUAUGGAUUAACCAGAAAAUACGACACAAUGGAAAUUGGCGAAACAAGAGUUUUAAUCAAGAAAAGAAGAAGUAAUGAGGAUCCUGUAGUAGUAAUGAUUCCGGUUGAAGAAUACUUUGACAGACUUAUUCAAUGUCACCGUGCCACUGGACAUGGAGGAAGAGAUAAAAUGCUGUUUGAAUUAAAAAAUAAAUUUUACAUUUCCAGACCAGCAGUUGAAAUGUUUGUAUCGCUUUGUAAAAUGUGUAAUACGAAGAAAUCUCAACAACAACGUAAUAUUGUGGUAAGACCAAUCACCACAAAAGAUUUUAACCUUCGCAGUCAAGUUGAUUUGAUCGACUUUCAAUCAACUCCAUGUCGAGGAUAUAAAUGGUUAAUGAAUUAUCAAGAUCAUGCAACUAAAUUUUGUGCUGCUGAAGUUGCAAUGGAACUGCUGAAAAUAUUUUUGGAUUUCGGCGCACCGCACAUUCUACAAAGCGACAACGGACGUGAAUUUACAGCUGAUGUGGUUAAAGAACUUUCUGGUAUAUGGGCUGAUUGUAAACUAGUACAUGGAAGACCUCGACAUCCGCAAUCACAGUGA